AUGGGGGGAACAGAUGACCGGCCAGCAUAUCUCACUGCCAACAAUGCCAAAUACUCCCUCGGUAUUCAUCGCGGCCCAUUAAUUUCCAAAAAUGCUGAGGGCGCCGGUCUCGCCCAGGUCGAAUCGGCCGGGGGCAUGUCGUUGGAGACAAGGAAGUUGAAAGCUUCGGAGAAGUUUCAGCGCCAUUGGAAGCGAUUCUGGUGUCUGCAUUUGUUCGUGACAAUUAUCUUCCUGGCCAUUUUCUUACCAGUCUUCUUCCUGGUCGCCAUCCCCGCGAUUUCGCAGAUGGUCGUGAACAAGUCCGACCUGGUUCUGGUGAAGGCAUCGGUUCUCAACCCGCGACCGGACAUGAUCUCAUUGACUCUGGAGUCGGCGAUCAACCUGAAGCUUGCGCUGCCUGUGCGCAUUGAUCCAAUCAACGUGGAUCUAUUCGUGCGCGACGCAGGCGCAAGCAAUGCGUGGGCCAACACAACUAUCGACGGCAAGGUUAUCAAGGGCAACUCCACCUUGGCUGUCAAGGACGUCGAAACCCCAAUCUCCAACCAGACCACUUGGGUGGAAUAUGUGCACAAUGUCGUGAAUAAGAAAGAUACUGCACUAUCGAUUAAGGGUACAACGAUGUCAUAUCUGGGAGUUCUCAAAUCCAAAGUGACCAUGGACAAGGACGUCGUGUCACCAGUUUUGGACCAGUUCAAGGGCUUCACAGUCUCUGACAUGGGUCUUGUCACCAAGCGCGAUGACGGCUCAAAUCUCAUUGGAAACGCCACCCUCCCCAACCACUCCCUACUCACCCUAGACCUGGGCACGAUUGUCCUAGACGUCAAAAGCGGCAACCUCACUAUUGGCAACGCAACCUUGGAAGACGUCACGAUUUACCCCGGAAACAAUACUUUCCCUCUAACCGGUGUCCUUGAUAUAUCCAAGGUCAUCCACAACCUAGGCCCGGUCCUCGCAUCCCAGGCCUCAGCCCUCAAGACCGGUCACCUAGCUUUGGACACCAUCACCACGAGUAUCACCUGGAACGGAACGCUGGUGCCCUACUACACGAAAGUGAUGUCCGGCCUGACCCUAACAGCCAAUCUGGCAGUUGCCGAUCUCCUCAAAAACUCCAUCCACAACCUUCUCAGCGGGAACAGCAGUAUCACCGAUGCGCUACACAGUGUAGGUGGUCUGAGUGGAUUAGUGGGUAAUUUGACAGAUAGCGAAGGAGCAAGCAAUACGGCCAGUGCAGCUCUGGCGGAAAGCUCGAGACUCGCUGAUAUCAAGUCGAAGUUGAAGAGCAAUGUCGCUGUGCGAGAUAUGUUCAAGGAUCAUCCUGUUCAGAAGCGGGAUUCGAUUGUCGAUUCUUUGGCUGGCAUGUAUGUGAAGUUGUGA